AUGAUUCAGAAUUUAACCCAGUUAUCAAUUUCAACUCGUGGAAGGCCAACAGAACUCAUGGAAAAUCACAGUAGGUUUAUAGGUUACAGGUGUGUUGAACUUCACUUCGUUGCACUUCGUUACGUUCAACUGUUUAUAGAUUACAUUAGGUUUAUAGGUUACAGGUGUGUUGAACUUCACUUCGCUGCACUUCGUUACGUUCAACUGUUUAUAGAUUACAGUAGGUUUAUAGGUUACAGGUGUGUUGAACUUCACUUCGUUGCACUUCGUUACGUUCAACUGUUUAUAGAUUACAGUAGGUUUAUAGAUUACAGGUGUGUUGAACUUCACUUCGUUGCACUUCGUUACGUUCAACUGUUUAUAGAUUACAGUAGGUUCAUAGGUUACAGGUGUGUUGAACUCCACUUCGUUGCACUUCGUUACGUUCAACUGUUUAUAGAUUACAGUAGGUUCAUAGGUUACAGGUGUGUUGAACUUCACUUCGUUGCACUUCGUUACGUUCAACUGUUUAUAGAUCACAGUAGGUUUAUAGGUUACAGGUGUGUUGAACUUCACUUCGUUGCACUUCGUUACGUUCAACUGUUUAUAGAUUACAUUAGGUUUAUAGGUUACAGGUGUGUUGAACUUCACUUCGCUGCACUUCGUUACGUUCAACUGUUUAUAGAUUACAGUAGGUUUAUAGGUUACAAGUGUGUUGAACUUUACUUCGUUGCACUUCGUUACGUUCAACUGUUUAUAGAUUACAGUAGGUUUAUAGAUUACAGGUGUGUUGAACUUCACUUCGUUGCACUUCGUUACGUUCAACUGUUUAUAGAUUACAGUAGGUUUAUAGGUUACAAGUGUGUUGAACUUUACUUCGUUGCACUUCGUUACGUUCAACUGUUUAUAGAUUACAGUAGGUUUAUAGAUUACAGGUGUGUUGAACUUCACUUCGUUGCACUUCGUUACGUUCAACUGUUUAUAGAUUACAGUAGGUUUAUAGGUUACAGGUGUGUUGAACUUCACUUCGUUGCGUUCAACUGUUUAUAA